CGUCCGUACUGGUUCACACCGACGACGAUCAUAGGCCCGAGGCGCAGCAGCAGCAGCUACCCACUACCACCACCACCGCACUCCUCGCCGCCGCACCGCCGCCACGUCGCCCGUUAACUUUUUGAAAAGAAAAAACCGAAACGGACCGGCCCGAGCGCUGUCGUUGUAAUAAUAUUUGUUAAAUAUCGUUAUAUCGUCCGACGGCGGCCGUCCGGCGUUCGGUUUUGAGUUCUCUCGUCGUUUUGUCACCGUAUGUAUACUAUUUUUCACGUUUUUCUCUUUCUCGCGGCCGUUUUUUCGGCUCCCGCGUCACCUGCGAGAAUCGUAAACGACGACUGAACUCUCCGACGGUUGGUGUUUGUCGCGGACGAAACGAUGUGUUGCUCGUCGGUCGUCGAUCUGUGCAACAGCAACAGCAGUAUCAUUAGUUGACAUCGUGAACAGUGAGUAUAUUUCAACGAAAAUCAGCGCGAAGAGUUCUCGUGCAACGGUUCAGACAUCGCGAUGAGAACUGGAUAAGUUUGUACUAUCUGCUCUAUACAUUAUAGUCAGUAAAUAACAUAUACAAUGAGUUCAUUCAAUGAUAGAAAACCAAUCCAAGAGGUGUCAUCACCAAUGACAAAUUUAGCUAAUUGUCUUGGAACAUCACUGACAGUCAGACGCAAGCUAACUUUAUCUGAAUCCAGUGAAACUCCAAAAAAAUGUUAUGACAACAUACUCCAUGAUCACGAUAUAAACAGCUCAUCAAAUACCAGAUUAUUCAAAGGAAAUUCAAAAAAUAUAAAUGAUAGUCCUACAUUGAAAAAUUUGAUGCUUCAAAAAAUGAUAAACAGUCCAGUUGAGAAGGAAAACACAACCAAGUGUGCCGAUGCAAUAGUCUCUAAAACAAUGUUAUCACCAUCCCAAUCAAGUCCAACAUUUUUGAUACACAGUCGUAAUACAAGAGGUCGUCACCCGUUGGAAGAUCAUGAUCCAAAUUCACAAGACAGUGGAUUUUUUUCUGUGCUUUCUGAAGAUUCCAGAUCAUUAACUAGAUUUGAACCCAAAAGUGUAAUUGACAAGAAAAACUCAUCAUUAAAUGUUUGUCACAAAGGAAUCCCAGAAAUAGAUGAUCCAUUUGACAAUAUUAAUUCUCCAAGAAGACUGUCUCAAGAUUCACUUCCAACCGAAUUCAGUACUUUGAUUGAUGGAGAUAUUUUUUCAUUACAUUCACCGAUAAUAAAACCUAUUGUCAGACGAAGAAAUUCUAAGUAUGAUUCAGAGACACCUCGAAAAAUUGAUUUAGUUUUUGAAGAAAAAAAGAAGCCUGAUGUUGUUGUAAAAAAACGCAAAUUAUUUAAUGAUUUUGAAUGUCCUUCUGAGUCAUCAAUUGUAUCCAAAAGGUUAAAGCCUAAUGUUGAUCUUUCAAUCUCAUUUAAUUCUCCAAGAUUAGACACUGGAAAUACUUCUUUAACUGCUCCUGUAUCACAUAAGAAAACUACACUUUUUGACUAUGGAUUUUGUAAAAACAGUGUUUCCAAGUUACGAAGAUCAUUUUCAACUACUGAAGACACAAUAAAAGCUGCAUUUGAAAAAGAGGAUAAUGGAACAAAUUUAAUUGGUGACUUCAGUCAAUCAUUUAUAUUGCCCUUGUUAUCAUUCGGUCGUCAUGCAGAUCUUCGUAGCAUAUCUCCUGAUACAUUAGCUCGUUUAUUGGAAGGCUCGUUCAAUGAUCAUAUUGACUCUUAUCUUAUAAUAGAUUGCCGAUACCCCUAUGAGUAUGAAGGUGGUCAUAUAAGAGGUGCAAUCAACAUAUUUACUAAAGAGCAACUAUUUAAAAACUAUACAGAAGACAAGUUAGGUAAAAAAUCUCAGAAAUGUGAUAACAUAAGUGCAAAGAGAAAUGUUUUGAUAUUUCACUGUGAAUUUUCAUCAGAAAGAGGUCCAAGUCUGUCACGAUACUUGCGUAAUGCAGAUCGUCAAAAGAACAGUAUGUGCUAUCCUUAUUUGGACUAUCCAGAAAUGUAUUUGCUCGAUGGUGGAUACUGUAAAUUUUUCAGUCAACACAGUAACUUGUGUGUACCAUCUAGCUAUCGGUCAAUGUAUGAUCCGGCCCAUACCUCAGAUCUAAGAAGGUUUAGGUCUAAAUCAAAAACAUGGACUUGUCACAACGAUGCAAUGCCAAGAUUGGCUGGGAAAAACACGCUCAAACGAUUGGGUUUUAAUUAAUCGCUUUAUAUAUUCUUUCGUGUAAAAAAGUUUAGGUUUUUUUUUUUUAUAUUGAUUUGUGUGAUUUUUUUUUUUGCGUUUUAAUUUUAAUUUAUUUUUAACCAUUUAACCAAUUUUUUUUCUAUUUUAAAAACUGAUGUGUUGAUAUAUUAAUUUAGAUCCCAGUGCAAUUUUGUAUAACUUUUGUGAUGCUAUAUAAUAGUAAAAGCACUGUUAGCUAAGUUUCCAAAAAAGAACAUUUAAUUGUCAGCUUUAGUGGUUUUAAUUAUUUUAUAUAAAUAGAUUGUUAAUAUAAAAUCAAAUGCAUAUAGUUUAUUAUGUACGUGUGUUUGUGUGAUUUUAAUGUAUUUGCCAAGUGCAAUGUGAUUUUUUUUUUUUAGAUAACAUUAACUUAAAAGAAAAUAAUGUUAGUCGGAGGGUUAACAUUUUUUUAAAAAAAGACUUUUAGUAUUAAUUUUAUUUUUUACAAAACAUUACUACAAUAAGUAAGAUUAGUAAGUUAAUGAAAAACGAUUGAAUGUGUUCAUUUUAAUAUUAAUUUUUCAUAUCGCUUUGCCAAUAUAUUCUAAAUUUUUAUGUGUAAUUAGAAAAAUGUGUACAUACUCGUAGUUAAAUUAAGUAUUUUGGAAAAAUUUUAUUAUUUAUUAAUUAUUUUAUUUUUUCAUGUUUUUUUCUAAAAUAUUAAUAGUUAUGAGAUCAUACGAACAUUAUAUUAUAUUUUAAUAUAUUUAUCUAUGUCAUCGGCUGUUAGAUUUAGUUUUAUAUUAUAAUUAUUUUUAAACAAUUUCUUUAUCGACUCAUUUAAGAUGAGUAAAAAACAAAAAAAAAAAACAAAAAACAAGUCAAAAGUAGCUUUUAAUGCUUUUUUUCUAUACAUUUAUAAUAAUAAUAAUUUCUAUUUAAUAUCAAUUGACAAUAGAUAUUAUGAACUCUUUUAGCAUUAUUUUUUCAGUCUUCUGUAUGUCGAGAUUGAGGAGUGCAAAUUGUUUUAAUAUCUUAUACAAAUUUGUUUCCUUUUUUAAAUGAGUCGACUUUUAAUAUAUGUACGAAACGUUAUGCUCGGCGUGUAUAAAGAGAAAUCUAUAGGCAAUUUUGAAUUUUUAGAGAAGUAUUUAUAUGUAUUGAUGUGAAAAUGUUAUUAUUUAAAAUAUAGAAAUUUAGAUUGAGACUAA